AUUCGGCACACUUUCUGUCCUGUCUGGCCAAGGAUCCCUGCGAACACGUUCUGCAGUUGUGAGAGCUGAUUAGCGCUGAUUUCUGGACAAUAUUUACCCAACCUGCAAUAUUCGCGUUGUCGAAUGCUGUUUGUGAUGCCACACCGCGGAGGGUGCAAAACUCGAAGUCUCACGAAAGUCUUCCGAAUUCCUAUCGCUGAUCUCAGCGCCCCGGAACUGGCCGACGGCCGUUGGCGUGCAUGAGGCCUCAGCUGGAUGUCCCAUGUGCAGUUAAUGUUCACGGUUGUCAGUUCGCGUCAGAAGAUCAACUUGAACGCUAGGUCGCGAAAUUCGGAUCCCUGCAAGUUUCCCAUCAAGCAUGAUAAUCAUGCGAUUCAUAAGAUCGGAUAACCGACUCAGAAGUUCUACCUAAUCACCGUCUUCUUGACGCCGUCACGCCAUGGAUAUCGAGCAUUUCCGCAGAGCUGGUUAUCAAGCCAUAGAUAGAAUAUGCGACUACUAUAUCUCGUUAAGGGACAGACCUGUCUCGUCGCAAGUGGAGCCAGGGUAUCUCAGAAAGGCACUCCCAGCGUCUGCCCCCACUGAGGGCGAGGACUUCCAACUCAUCGCGGACGACUACCAAAAGUACAUCAUUCCUGGCCUGACACACUGGCAGCACCCUUCGUUCUUUGCCUAUUUCCCUACGGCAUGUACAUUCGAGGGCAUACUUGGAGAGCUAUACGCCUCCAGCGCGCCAACCCCCGGAUUCAAUUGGUCUGCGAGCCCCGCAUGCACAGAACUAGAGGCUGUGGUUAUGGACUGGACUGCCCAAAUCCUUGGACUUGACAAGUCGUUCUACAACACCACUGAGGUCGGUGGUGGUGUCAUUCAGACAACAGCAUCUGACUCUGCAUUGAUCGCAACUGUAGCUGCACGUUCACGGUAUAUUCGUGAGCACCCAGACGUGCUUAUGGAGAAACUCGUGCUCUAUACCACCACCCAAACGCACUCAUUGGGAAAGAAAGCUGGGCUUGUUCUAGGUUUGAAAGUUCGCGCACUGGAAGUAACAGCAGAUGACGACUUUGCACUACGUGGAGAAGCGCUAGAGGUGGCACUGAGGGAGGACGUGGAUGCUGGGCUCCACCCUUUCAUCCUCAUCGCCACUGUCGGGACAACGUCUUCGGGUGCUGUUGAUCGGCUUGGAGAGAUUGCUGGCGUUGCGAAACAUUAUCCUUGCCUGUGGCUACAUGUCGAUGCUGCGUGGGCAGGCGUCGCACUGGUGUGUCCCGAAUAUCGCGAGGCAUGCCAACUUCCCGCCGUGAAUAAUUAUGCAGACUCGUUCUGCACCAAUUUUCACAAGUGGGGCCUGAUCAAUUUUGAUGCCUCCUGUUUGUGGGUACGGCACCGGAAACACUUGACCGAUGCGCUAGAUGUCACGCCCGAGUUUUUGCGGUCGAAACAUGGGGAUGCGGGCACUGUGAUCGAUUACCGCAACUGGCAUCUGGGCCUUGGCAGACGGUUUCGAUCGCUCAAAUUUUGGUUUGUUCUCCGUUCCCGUGGGGUUAAGGGGUUCCAAAAGUACAUAACCGACUGCACCAAACUUAACGCCAAGUUCGCAGAGCGCAUACGCGAAUCUGAUGAAUUCUGCUUGGUCGCGAAACCGUUCUUGGCACUGACAGUUUUCAGGCUUGCACCCAAGUCCCUUUCCCACCUCACGACUACGGGGCUGAACGAUCUGAAUCGGGCAUUUUACGCACGUCUUGCAGCACGGAGCGAUAUUGCAAUUACGCAGACGGACUUGAAUGGCGUGUUUUGUGUGAGGAUGGCGAUUGGUGCUGAGAAAACUGUGGAAAGGGAUAUUGAUAGGGCGUUGGAUGUGAUUGGGCAGGAAGGACGGGCUGCCUUGGGGGAGUGGGAGUUGAAAGGGGACUAUAGGUAG